AUGCUUGGCAAUGGAGUUGUUGGAAUCCUCUCCGAGUCUAGAUACAAGUGGGAAAGAAGGGUUCCUCUAACACCGUCGCACUGUGCUCGACUUCUGAAUGGUGGCAGGGGUAAAACUGGAGUGACCCGCAUUAUUGUGCAGCCAUCCACAAAGCGCAUCCACCAUGAUGCCCUUUAUGAGGACGUUGGUUGUGAAAUAUCAGAUGAUUUGUCAGAAUGUGGUCUUAUUUUGGGUAUUAAGCAACCAAAGCUUGAGAUGAUUCUUCCUGACAGGGCUUAUGCCUUUUUCUCCCAUACUCACAAAGCGCAGAUAGAAAACAUGCCUUUGCUUGAUAAGAUUUUGGCUGAAAGGGCGACUUUGUUUGAUUAUGAGCUUAUAGAUGGAGAUCAUGGAAAAAGGUUACUCACUUUUGGAAAAUUUGCUGGUAGAGUUGCAAUGAUUGACCUCUUACGGGGAUUAGGACAACGGUAUCUUAAUCUGGGAUAUUCAACUCCUUUCCUCUCAUUGGGUGCAUCUUACAUGUACUCUUCGUUGGCAGCUGCAAAGUCUGCAGUAAUUUCUAUUGGUGAAGAGAUAGCAACAAAUGGACUUCCUUCAGGAAUCUGCCCUCUAGUUUUUGUUUUCACUGGUUCUGGAAAAGCUUCCCAUGGUGCACAGGAGAUUUUCAACCUUCUGCCACACACUUUUGUGGAUCCCAGCAGACUUCCAGAAGCAUUUGGCACGAAGUACAUCUCCAGUGGAAAAAAGUUCCAACAAGCACAUAAAAGGGAUGCUCGGAUGGGCUUCAAGACAAUUGGAUCAGCUCCCACGAGGCACAGACGAGUGGCAUGUGUUCUUCAUGCCAGAGACCAUGUUCAAUCUGCACAAGCAUCAAAUCGAGUCUUCCAAGUAUAUGGAUGCAUCGUGAUGAGUCAAGACAUGGUUGAACAAAAAGAUCCUACAAAAGUAUUUGAUAAGGCUGACUACUAUGCACAUCCAGAACAGUACAGGCCAAUUUUCCAUGAAAAAAUUGCCCCGUAUGCAUCCGUUAUAGGUCAGUGA